UUCCGUCCAGCAGACGUUUCUACGGGAACCUGAAGAUAAGACACCUAACACAGUUAGUGUAUGAUACAAACAUUACUUACAGAUUCCGUCCAGCAGACGUUUCUACGGGAACCUGAAGAUAAGACAGUUAUUCUCGGAGAAGACGUUCUGUUGCCAUGCCGAGUGAAGAAUAAAGUGGGGAUGUUACAGUGGACUCGGGAAGGAUUCGGGCUGGGCUCGGAUCGGGAACUGAUAGGGUUUUCUCGUUACACCAUGGUGGGAAAUGACGAAGAAGGAGAUUUCUCUCUACAGAUUGUGAACGUUCAGCUAGACGAUGAUGCCGAAUUUCAAUGUCAGGUCGGAGCAGCCGAGGGCGUCAAGGGGAUAAGAUCUAAAACUGCACUGAUAACAGUUACAGUGCCACCUGAGCCUCCUCAAAUCGUCCAAGGCAGUUCUCUACUGACAACAGCAGGAACUCCUGUUCAGCUUAUUUGCGAAGCCCACGCUGGUAAACCACCUGCAGAGCUUUCCUGGCUUGAUGGAGAAGGAGAUGUUGUGACAAGCGGUACUAAGUAUCAGACACGAGAACUCAGUGAUGGGAAACGAGCCAAUGCCAUAUUGAAGUGGGAUUUUAAACCAACACGAAAACACCACAUGAAGAAUUUCACCUGUCGAUCAGAAAACUCAGCCUUGAAACAGCCAGCUCUUACUACUAUACGAAUUGAAGUCAAAU